AUGGCCAAAUCAAACGAAAGAAGAGUAAAGAGCUUGAACGACAUUGCCGAGGUUUUUAAAACGUGUGAUAACAGAAUCGUAAGUAACGAAUCGAAAAUACCGAAACUUUAUUUGACGAACGCUGCGAAACGCUUUAACAAAUCGGACCAAAGCAUGAAAGGCACUCUGGUUUCGCGGGAAACGGGCAACGAAAAAGCUAGGAAUGAUUUCAGAAAGAAGGAGGAGGACAGAAUGAAAAAACUCGAAGAAAAGCCGAAAUCGUUGAAAGUGGACGUCAACGACCGAUUAGAAAAUUGUUCGAAGACCAGCCCCCUCGACGCGCCGAAUUCGCGGAUAUCAACAUUAGUUUUUGGUAAAAAAUUGAACAAACAAAAACGAAUUCUAGCAACAAUCGACAUAUUUCUUUCGAUGGUUUUAAUUACUCCACUGACCGUUGGUUUUUGGAGAGGAAUAUGGACCUUGAUGGAUCUUCACGCUGAAUGGUUUCCAGGAGCAAUCACUUUCCUUUCCGGCAUCCUGGUGCAUACGAACUUCGCGAUUUUAAAGAAUUUCCUACACGAUCGCGUCGCUGGCUCGUCGCGAAAAAAAACCUGCUCGAGCAAUAUCGUUUCCAAGUUGACGCAAAUUUUGUACACAUACAUCUUUGGCGUUGCAUGCAACAUGCAUUGGAGGGGCGGCUGGAUUAUUUUCGACUAUUUCUUCGGCGGCUAUAUUUGGGCAACGGUAAUCACAAUGUUGGUAAUACUAACGUGUCUAGCGAUUUUACGUUCCAUUCGAAAUAUUAUCGCAGUUCCCACGGCGGUCUUCGUAGAUAAACGCACUUAUGCCUUCUGGUUCCCAACGAGAUACAAAUUGAACAUUUACAACGUGUUUAUCGUGCUGCAAACGUCACGUGUGUCAGAUUACGCAUCUCCGUAG